CGGCUGCGGAGCGCGGCGGCUGCGGGCCCGGGGGCGCGGGGGUGUCGUGCGGCGGUGGCGGCGCCGGCGCGGUGGGCGUGCGCGCGCGGGGGUGGGCCGUGGCGGCGCGCGUGCAACGCCAGCUGGAGAGUCGGCCGCCGCCAUCCGCGUGGGCAGCUCCGUGUCGUCGCUCAUCACGGGCGCCGCGGCGCAGCAUCGUCACAGAGCUGGCGCGACGACAUCCGACGCCCUACACAGCAACUUGAAGAGUUCCGCUGGAAGACGUGGACAUCAGCGAGGCGGAGGAGCGCGAGCGCGCGUGUGGGGACGGCGCGGCGCCGCUGCCGUGGCCCCGGCGCCCCAUGGGCCCGGCCGCCGCCGCGUCGCCACCCGCCCCGCCAACCCGGGGGCACGCGUCGCACGGCCCCCGGCGGGCACGCGCGCGGACGGCAACCACUACGAGAGCUUCCUGGAGGCGACGGGACUGAGCCAGAAGCCGCUGCUGAGCCUCGCGCAUGCUCAGCAACCACCGCAGCGUGCUCAAGCCAGGAACGUGAAGCUGCGCAGCCGCGCGGCGCGGGCCGCGGCCGGCACCCCCGCGGGGCCCCCCGACCGCCCCGCCCCUGUCGUGCGCUACUGGGUGGAGCCCUU